AUGCGCUACGGCCUCGCGACGCUCGCGGUGCUGAUCGCUCCCCUGCUCACCACCGGUCAUGCCCUCCCCGGCACCCCCGCCGUCUCCGUCUCGUCUUCCCUGGAACCGCCCGCGAAGAUCUUAGCGGCCCAGACCAACGGCAUCCCGAUGCCCCCACAGGGCAUCUACGUCUUUGGCAUCAACAGCCCGCACAUACAGCUCACGCCGACGGUGCUCGGCCCGCCCUCCCAGACGUGGAACAUGAGCUACUCGAACAUCUCGGCGGCGUCCUUCGUGCCCGGCAUGAUCUCGCUCGGCCAGGCGAGCUACGUAACAAGUUUGCAGGGCACCGGCGGCGCGACCUUAACCUUCCAGUUUGUCGGGACUGGCGUGUCGCUGCUCGGCAGCGCAGGCUUCUUUGACGUGUUCGACUGGCGCGUCGAUGGCGUCCCGUAUAACCCAGACGGCAGCGCCAGCAGCAACCAGAACGCCGGGUUUGGGUGGGAGGCUGAGGUCGCCUGGGUGCGCGACUUGCCCUGGGGGCUGCAUACCUGCACGUUCGUCGUGCAGACGACCUAUGACAAGGUCGUGCUGUACGAGGUUAUGGUGCUGACGGGUAUCGAGGGCGCUGUACUCACCGACUCGCCCACCGACACGCUCCGCCAGAUCGAGCCCGCCGUCGACGGUGUCAGGUCACCAAGCACUCACUUCAACACUACCGGCAGAUGGGAAGUGUACACGCCCAACGAGGGUGAUGCCGUCUCGCGCCAGGCCUUCCCCUCGUCAGGCUACACCGUACUGCGAACCAACGUGACCGCCUCCCUACACUACGUGCUGCCCAAGCGCACCGCGUACGUCGAGGUCUGGGAGUCCACGGGCUGGGGGUUCGCAAACUACACCGUCACCCUGACGCCGAGCCCGCCAUUAAACCCCCCAGUCAUCACAUACUCUGCCAACACAGCCUACUAUGUGCCGGCGUACAUCUUGUCCUGGGCGAUCCUCGACCCCAACGUUGACUACGUGCUCGAGUUCCAGUCAUACGGCGGGUGGAGCGAGGUGUACAAUAUCCAGUACUUCCUUGCCAAUGAGACGAGCCCGACAGUGGACACUGGCAAGAGCUCAGGCGUGUCCGUCGCCGCGUUGGCGGGCGGCAUCGCCGGCGCGUUCAUCGCUGGCGUAUUCGUGUGUGCGCUCGCCGCGCUCGCCCUCUUCCGGUCCUACAAGAAGAAGCAGCCAUCCCAGCCCGUGUUCGAAGUCGACCACUCGCACGACGCUCGCCCGGAGCCAUUCUACCACUCGCCAGGUGCGCCGGGGCCAGAACUCGUCCCGCUGAUGUCAGAGAUGCAGGGGUACGGGGACGGUGUGCUGGGUCUGAACGCGGCCGCGAGCGCGUCCAACCGCGCAGUGGACAUGAGCCCCGUCUCGCCCGCUUCGCCUGUGCGCUCAGGCCGUGCCGGCACCGACGACGCAAGCUCGAGCAGCGGCGGCGCGUCGCGCCACUCGAGCCGCCACACCGGCCCCUCGAUGCACGUCACCAACGACGCGUUCGCCCCGGCCACCUUCAAGUCGCCGCGCAACUCGUCCGCCGUGCCUGAGCAUCGUAACCGCGGAUCCGCGCCGGCCCCCCUCCCGCUCACCGAGCAGGAGCGCGACUCGGGCGCCCAGGUCAUCCACAUUGUUGAAUACGUCCCCCCCGCGUACGACGACAACCUGCGCGCCACGACGAGCGGCAGUACCCGCGGAGACGUGACCGACGACCCCGCCAAGCCGGGCGGUGUGCGCCCCCUUCCGACCACCCCGAACUAG